AUGUUGUCGCGUGCCGCCCGACCUGGCACGCGUAUACUACGCGUACCCAAGCGCACAUUUCACGUCUCACUGCUGCGUAGGAACGAAGCCUUCGAUCUCGACUCGGUUGAACGCGCUACCGAUGAGGUGGAUGUAUGCAUCGUAGGAGGUGGUCCGGCUGGCCUAUCCGCCGCCAUUCGCUUGAAGCAGUUGGAACAAGAGAAAGGGAAGGAAAUCCGGGUGGUAGUCCUGGAAAAGGGAGGGGAAGUUGGCUCGCAUAUACUUUCCGGAGCAGUCAUCGAGCCCCGAGCGUUGAAUGAGCUCCUGCCAGACUGGCAAUCUCGCGAAGGACAUCCAUUAAACCAACCGGCCACGUCGUCUUCCAUGCGCUUGUUUACGAAGAACGGCAGCUACCCAUUACCGCAUCCACCACAAAUGAAUAAUAACGGGAACUACAUUGUGUCUCUGUCACAAUUCACCGCCUGGCUCGGCGGCAUCGCCGAAGAACUUGGUGUCGAGAUUUACCCUGGUUUUGCGGGCGCGUCACUCGUCUACACGGAAGAUGGGAAGGCUGUCGCCGGUGUGCGCACAAAUGACGUUGGUCUGGACAAACGAGGUCGGCCGAAGGACUCGUUUGAGCCGGGUAUGGAGUUCCGUGCGAAGGUCACGCUCAUCGCAGAAGGCGCGCGAGGCUCGCUCUCGAAGAUCGCGCAGAGGCGCUUCCGCUUGCGCGAGGCUGCUGAAGCAGACCCGCAAACCUACGGGUUCGGCGUCAAGGAGGUGUGGCGCGUUGACCCCAGUCAAUACCGGGCUGGAGAGGUUGUGCACACGAUGGGUUGGCCGCUGGAUAAUCACACAUACGGCGGAGGCUGGGUAUACCAUAUGGCCGAUGGCCUUGUGAGCCUUGGUCUCGUAAUCGGGCUCGACUACGCAAACCCGUACUUGAGUCCGUAUCGGGAACUUCAGCGCAUGAAGCACCAUCCAUAUUUCGCCAAGUUGCUGGGUGGCGACAGUACUCGCAUAGCAUACGGUGCUCGUACUCUCAACGAAGGCGGACUUCAAUCUGUCCCACAGUUGCACUUCCCCGGCGGUGCUAUCGUAGGCUGUGCCGCUGGCUUCGUCAACAUUGCAAAGAUCAAGGGCACUCACAACGCGAUGAAGACUGGGAUGCUUGCCGCCGAAACUGCGUAUGACGUCGCGACAGGAGAGUCGGAAAAGGGCCAGGAGCAACCGGCCGACAUGAGCGCGUAUGACGCCGCUUACCGUGACAGCUGGGUAUACAAGGACCUACACGAAGUUCGCAACCUUCGACCAUCCUUUAACACUGGGCUCGGUGUCCUCGGCGGUGUGCUAUAUUCGGGUGUUGACUCACUGUUGCGCGGACGUGUACCAUGGACCUUCCGCAACCCUCAGACCUCAGACGCACGGCACACGAAACGCGCGUCUGAGUGCACACCCAUCGAUUACCCCGCGCCACAACCGCCUCUCAGCACGGAUCUCAUGACAGCGUUGGCCCUCACCGGUACGAACCACGCAGAAGAUCAACCUGCUCAUCUGCGCGUACGUACGGCCGACGAAGGUGUCGAGUCUUCGAGGCGAAGGCAAGAGCAUGUGCAACGCAACGUGGAAGAAUAUGCCGGACUUCUUGGCCGCGCCUGCCCCGCGGGCGUAUACGAGUACGUCGAGGACGAGGACGGCUCCGCUCAGGCAGCUGGUGAGGGCUGGGCCGGCAAGAAGUUGGUGAUCAAUGCGCAGAACUGUAUUCACUGCAAACUGUGCGACGUGAAGACUCCCACUGAGGAUAUUACAUGGACGGUUCCCGAGGGUGGGGGUGGUCCGAAGUAUACCGUAACUUGA